AUGUCUAGGACUCCCUCUGACUUUCAAACCCCUCCGAACGGGCCGUCUGGGUCCUCCUCGCAGGGCGUACCAGCGUACGGAACCCCUGCAGCCCAACAGCCACGGUUCCCGAUGACCCUGCCGCCAACGCCGUCGAUGAACGGUAGUAUGGGUCCUCCGUCGUCCGUUUCGUCGAUAUCGCGAGCCGUAGCACCUAGUUCGCAAGAGGAACGUUUCAGACACCUCUCCACCCCUUCACCGUUUACGUCGACCCAGCAGCGAGUUGAAACGAGGUACGAUCGACCGUUUGAAGGUAGCGAAGGCGAUAUACGCGAUUGGAGGUCGACGUCGGUGAUUUCGCAAGUUCCGAACGGCUACGGUAUCGGAUUUGGUGCUCCAGCGCCUUCCCCGAGUCAGGCAGAACCUGCUAGUAGUUCCCUGCAAUUCAACGCCAAGUGGUUGGAAGCCGACGAUCGACUGAUGACGGAAAUCCUGGUGAAAGCGGUUCAAAACGGUACGGCUGGCGAUAACGGCUUCAACGAGAAGACGUGGGGUGAGGUGGCGACUGCGGUGAAUGCGAUAAGGUCUCAGGGUGGCGAGAAGAACAUCAAGUCGUGUAUGAGCCGUUAUCAAAAGUUGCGUUCCGACUACUUCGAGCCGCUGUACAAGCUUGCAACCGACUCUGGCUUAGGCUGGGAUCCUGUGAACGGAUGGGCUACGGCUCCUGAACAGGUCUGGGAGGAUUUCCGAACGUCUACGAAGUGGGACCUAUACGACCUCUUCUCCAUCACUCAGAUCGGUCGUUGUGCGACUGGGGCUCACGUAGCGACCCCUCAUAAACAAACACCUCGUGGAGCCAAAAACAAAGCGAAAAACAAGAGAAAAACGGUCGAGAGGGAAGACGACGCUGACGACGACGACGAGGGUGGUUCUGAGGCCGAAACGAGCCAAACAACACCGUCGAAGGCCCCCAAAUCGAGGAAAAAACGGUCUCGCACCUCUGCUUAUGCCGAUUCGAACGAUUCGUUGACGUUAAUUCAUCAGGAGAUGGCUACGCUCAACGAACAGGCCUCUCAGGCUGCGUCGGCUCAUCGUUUGACGUUCGAGAAGGUCACCGAGGCUGCAGCGAUACUGAAACUCGAUCACGUCGACCGGAACCGUUUGAACUAUUACUUCAUCAAACGACCUCUCGAGGCGACGGCCUUCCUCUCUGUACCCGACGACUUCCUCGAAUUCUAUGUGGAACGCAUACUAGAACAGGAAAGAGAGAGGGAGAUGGGGGUAGAACGUCGCCAACGUCGACAAACGGAGGGUGUUUGGUAG